UGCGAACAAAGCUGUGUAAAAUCUUUACAAACCUGAAAUUUAAUAUUUUUAUCACUCUGAAGAACAUUUUAUUGUCAGAUUACUAUGUUACUGACGUUUCUACAUGCAUACUCAUAGCUAUGGCCGAUCGGAGGAAAUUACAAGGAGAAAUUGAAAGGUGUUUGAAAAAGGUCAGUGAAGGUGUUGAGACAUUUGAAGACAUCUGGCAGAAAGUCCAUAAUGCCACGAAUACGAACCAAAAAGAAAAAUAUGAGGCUGAUCUUAAGAAGGAAAUUAAAAAACUACAAAGGCUACGUGAUCAGAUCAAAACUUGGAUGGCAUCCAGUGAAAUUAAAGACAAAAGAAUACUCUUAGAAAAUAGAAAAUUAAUUGAAACGCAAAUGGAAAGGUUUAAAGUUGUUGAGCGAGAGACAAAAACCAAAGCUUAUUCGAAAGAAGGUCUGGGUGCUGCACAAAAAUUAGAUCCUGCACAAAAAGAAAAAGAUGAGAUUACCAAUUGGUUAGCCGCCUCCAUAGAAGGAUUAAAUAUUCAGUUAGACCAGUUUGAAAGUGAAAUUGAAUCUCUGAGUAUUGUUUUAAAGAAGAAGAAAAAUGACAAAGAUAAAUUAGACAGAACAGAAGAAUUAAAAGCUUGGGUAGAAAAGCAUAGGUAUCACAUAAAACAGCUUGAAACACUUAUGAGAAUGUUGGACAAUAGUACUGUUGAUGUCGACCAAAUUAAAAAAAUUAAAGAUGAUGUUGAGUAUUAUAUAGAAAGUUCUCAGGACCCUGAUUUUGAAGAAAAUGAGUUUAUUUAUGAAGAUCUCCAACUGGAAGAUAUGCAAGAAUUCUUGUCAAAGGCUAGACUGUGUAGUGAUGAUGAAAGUUCUCAGAGGUCUAAUUCUCCAACAUCUACAAAUUCCAGUUCUCCAACACCUAGUCCAGGCUUAACUAAUCAUUCCAAGUCAAAUAACACUGAAAUUAUUGAAAAAGAAGGGUCUACUACACCUGUUAAACCUGUUGCUGUUAGGACACAAUCUUCAAGCUCUUUAUUGGGUACUGUACAAAACAAUAAAGGAGCUUUAACAUGUGUUUCAAGAAAUAACAGUAACUCAUCUGAGAGUAGUGUAAGUAGUUCUCCUCCUCUAAAUCAUCACAAUAGUCAUUUUGUUAUAUCUCCUGCCCCGCCUACAACUCCAUAUGCAAUUGCAGCUUCCGGAAAUUCAUCUGUAAAAGAGGAAAACUUUCAUGUGGUUCAUAAUUCUUCUUCUUCCGAAAGCAAUAGCAGCAGCAGUAACAACAAAACUUUAACAAACUGUGUCGACUCCCCACCUUCAAACAAUAGCUCCGAAAGUAAUCCAAACCACACGGAUUCAAGUUUAUCUCCUAGCAACAUGUUCGCAUCAGCCAUCCUAGACCAGAUAUCCGGUUCAAGUUUUUCUCAACAGCUCUCGCAGGCCCAGCAGCAGCUGCAAAACUACUCAAUACCAAGCUCCAUUUCGUUGAACAGUAGCGUCCAUUAUACCACCAGUUCAUCCUCGUGUGUGGACAGUGUGAUCAAGCCCCCUACAACGGUUAGUGCAAGUACGUCCUCCGUUACAUGUUCCUCUGCAGCCAGCAGUGCAUUGUACAGUGCAGCUGCUGCUACGGGUUCUACUACUGUACGCAGUAGUUCGGUGCAACCUCCUAACAGUCCCCCAAUUUCAUCUUGCAAUGUGAUAGGAAGCAAUGUUUCUCAGUCAACAAUUAACUGUUUAAUGAUGAAUGGACCUGUUUCUCCUAAGGUUACAAAUCAAAUGUAUAAUUUACCAUCAAUUUCGGGAGUGAGUGAAGAACCGAUGUCUUCGCUAAAGUCAAUGGCUGAACAAGCUGUUUUAAAUGCUGGUUUAGAAACUCAUCUUCCCCAGUCACCAUCACCAUCUUUAGCAGAGAGAGAAGCUCAUAUACCACCUCUAUUAGGAGUCGCUCCACUUGGCCCAAUAACAUUAAGUAAAGAAUGCUAUCAACAAAUUCGAAUCUUAGAAGUUGCUCAAAGGCACAUGCCUCAUCCAUCAGAUUCAGAAAGGCUACGGCAAUAUCUUCCUCGCAAUCCAUACCCAACACCUUCAUAUUAUCCUCAAGGCUUACCUCACUGUGACACUGUGGAGUUCUUCCAGCGACUGUCCACAGAAACAUUGUUUUUUAUUUUUUAUUAUAUGGAGGGAACAAAAGCACAAUAUUUAGCAGCUAAAGCAUUGAAAAAGCAAUCGUGGAGGUUUCACACAAAGUAUAUGAUGUGGUUUCAAAGGCAUGAAGAACCAAAAACAAUCACAGAUGAAUAUGAACAGGGCACAUAUAUUUAUUUUGACUACGAAAAAUGGGGCCAAAGAAAGAAGGAAGGGUUUACAUUUGAAUACCGGUAUCUUGAGGAUCGAGACUUAAACUAAUGUAUAGUUGUAUUGCAUGUGCAGCAUUCACUCAAAUUGUCAUUGGCGAAUGUUGAAAAAGUAUGUGCUUUCUGAGUGUUCAACACUCCAGCCUGAAGAAAGCCUGGCAGCGUGACUGUUGUUUUGAGUACUGGUCUUUCAACUGCCUUUGUGUCCUCACUGCCAGUCACAACGGAUCUAUCCUGCCACGCUUUCUCAUUUUUUUCUGUUGUUGUUUUAAUCUUGUAUUGUUCAAAGCAGUGCAAAUGGGUUGAAAACUUGUAGAAACGUCUGAUUAGUCCUUGAAUUGUGUAAGGGCUGAUAUAUACAAGCAACUUCUAAGGGUUCUUUUUAUUUAU